GCGGCAAUGCACAGGGAGAGAGAAGGCGAGAUGGGGAGAAAGGCGCUCCUGGUCGCCGCCUGUCUCUGCCUGCGCUGGGUGGCUGCUCUCGGUGCUGCUCCGGCCGGCGGCGCUAAAUGAGCAAAGUGGCCUUAUACCGUUUCCCUAAUCCAUGGGCUGUGGCUUUGCAGCUGCUGGAGUCCUGGUGGUGAUUGCACCUCAGUGUUCCUAUGCCCAUAAAUGCAACCCAGAGUAUUUUAGGCUGAAAUACGAAUUUGUGAAGCACUUGGCACAUCUUCAGAGCAGAGACUGAGACCAAUUUUCAGGGAAUUGAGAGCAAGUUUUCCUUAAGGACACCUGCAGAGCCCGAUGAAGAUGUCUGCUAUCUGGUUCCUGGACAGGUGAACAGCUUGGCACAGUGCAACUUCAACCAUACCAGUAAAACCUUUGUGGUGAUCCAUGGGUGGACGGUGACAGGAAUGUAUGAAAGUUGGGUCCCAAAGCUGGUGGAUGCUUUGUACAAGAGGGAACCUGAUUCAAAUGUCAUCGUCGUAGACUGGCUGGUUCGAGCUCAGCAGCAUUAUCCAGUGUCUGCUGCGUACACUAAGCUGGUGGGAAAGGAUGUUGCUAUGUUUAUUGAUUGGAUGGAGGAACAAUUCAACUAUCCUCUCAACAAUGUCCACUUGCUGGGGUACAGUCUAGGUGCUCAUGCUGCUGGCAUUGCUGGGAGCCUGACCAAGAAGAAAGUGAACAGAAUCACUGGACUGGAUCCAGCUGGUCCUACCUUUGAGUAUGCUGAUGCCCUCACCCGUCUCUCUCCUGAUGAUGCUGACUUUGUGGAUGUCCUGCACACCUACACUCGAGGCUCUCCAGACCGUAGCAUUGGGAUCCAGAAGCCUGUUGGACACAUCGAUAUUUAUCCUAAUGGUGGAGGCUUCCAGCCAGGUUGCAACUUGGGAGAAGCACUCCGUCUGAUUGCUGAAAAAGGCUUUGCAGAUGUGGAUCAGCUAGUGAAAUGCUCCCAUGAACGAUCCAUCCACCUCUUCAUUGACUCCCUCCUCUAUGAAGAGAAGCCCAGCAUGGCCUACCGCUGCAACACAAAGGAGGCCUUUGAGAAGGGUCUCUGUCUGAGCUGCCGGAAGAACCGCUGCAAUAAUUUAGGUUACAAGGUCAACAGAGUGCGAACGAAGCGGAACACUAAAAUGUACUUGAAGACUCGUGCUCAGAUGCCCUAUAAAGUCUUUCAUUACCAGGUCAAGAUCCAUUUCUUUGGAAAGACUAAUAUAACCAAGACAAAUCAGCCAUUCCUGAUCUCUCUCUAUGGAACUCUAGAUGAGAGUGAAAACAUUGCAUUCACACUGCCAGAAGUGUCCUCAAACAAGACCUACUCCUUCCUGAUUUACACAGAAGUGGACAUUGGUGACCUACUUAUGUUGAAGCUGCAGUGGGAAAAAGACACCUUCUUCAGCUGGUCAGACUGGUGGACUCCUUUUACAUUUGAUAUCCAGAGAAUCAGAGUGAAGUCAGGAGAAACUCAGAAAAAGGUAGUGUUCUGUUCACGGGAUGGCACCUCGCGCCUUGGUAGGGGAGAAGAGGCACCGGUGUUUGUGAAAUGCUCGGAGCAGCCUGGCAACAGGAAGAGAGGAAGUGCCAAGAAAACCUCUAAAGAAAAUUCUGCUGAUGAAUCUGCUUAAGUGGCAAAAUUGAAGAGAUUUUCUCCUCCCUCCCCCCCACCAUGCUGGGGAGGUUAGAGAGUCUGUUCAUCCCUGUGGACUGGAUGUUCAGAACCAAAUAUAUAGAAAUAUUUAUCUGCUGAUGGCUCUUUGCCUGCUAUUCCUAGUUAUUUUAAUAGACUUUUUGUAAGGAAGUCUUAGUAUACAAAGUUACUAACCAUAAAGAUACAUUAUCCAAAUAGUUAAAAACAAAAAGAAACCUGCAAAACUUGCCGAAGGCUUGAGUGCUGGGAAGGAGUAAGUAAUUUUGCUUAAUCAUGGUGCCUUAUGACAAGGUUUCUUGACCUCAGACUUUUCUAGUAUUUAUUGAAAAGAAGCAAAGCCCUGUAUGCGGCUUUCCUUUUUUUCAGCAGUCCUCUGGAACUUUUUACUGCCUUGGAUGUCUGAAUUUUCAGGCAGUGGCUAGAGUUCAUUGUCUUCAAGUGUUCAUUUAGCAAAUGAGUAGGUUUCUCGUGUGGAAAACAAAACAAAACAAAAACCAAACACCUUUGUGUGUAUUACUAAAAGGUGCCAGGGACUGACUUAAUUAUGGGGAUGCAUUUUCUAGUUUGUGGUUGUGUUUUACUGUGGGUAGAUGCCAGUGCUGCUUAGCAAUAGAUACGAUCUGUUAAGCUAUAUACCUUUACACAGCUUACCCUGGAAUUAAAUAGAAGUUGUAGGGGAAGUACCAGUGUCCUCUGCAGGCAUUCAGCUUCUCAUCUGUACCUUCAUUCCUUCAAAAUGAAACCACCUAGCCUUUACCACUGUUAAUAAAGAACUACAAAGGAAAUGAGCUACCAGAAACAGCAGGAAACUUCCCCCACCCCCACCAACAGUUGCCCUGCUCUUUGAGAAUAAAUAUCAGUCAUGCAGUGCCUGCAGUAUUGCAGUCUUUGGUGCAAGUGAAUCCAUGUGACAGGUGACAAGCAUGCUUAUGUUUCCCUGUACUGGAAUUAUGACUGCCAGUGACCCACCUCAGUUUGUUGCUUGGCUGUGAUAUAGUGCCAGAUCCUAGGAGCUGCUUGGUUUUCUGACAUAUGAUAGAAUUGAGCAAGGAGCAGGAACUGUGACAGCUGCUCCUUUUAAGAAGGCUGGUUGUGUGAUGUGCGAGAGUAAAUGCUCUGAAAAAACACUGGAAUUAGGCACGCUGCAAAUUGCCAAAACUAGAUAUAUUGUAGGCAUUCUGCUUCCCCUUUAAGCAACACAAUUUUUCUAGUGUUCUAAAAGGUUCAGUAGUCCUCUUUUAGCUCUCUAGGAGAUAAUGUACUGGGGAGGCAGAAGGUCUUGAAUGUAGAUGCUUGGAGAGGUGUAACAUGAUGCUGGGUUUUGUAGUCUUUCCUGCAUGUGCAAGGCAGUGUGGAGGUAGUGAUUUUUCCAACAUCAUCCCACCUUGAAACUGAAGCCAAUAUGUGUGUGUUUCUGUUUGUUUUAUUUUCCAGCUGUGGCUGCUAGCAUAUUUGGGGAUAAAAGUCUUCAGUGCAAUAUGUUGGAAUAUUAAUGACUGAAAUUGCUCACAUUUGAUUUCCUAACCCUUAAACUACAACAGAGAUGUGAUGAGUCAGAGGGUGGGGUUGAGUAUUGAGCCACUGCAUUUGAGACCUCUAAAAAUAAAUAAUGAUUUAUUCCUUGUAGACGUCAUAUUUGUUGCAAUUUUCUCUUAACAGUUAAGUUCUUUGAGAGAAAAAAUGGUGUUUGAACAGGUGCGCUCUUACUUGCAGGAUGACAUACAAACACAUACAGAUCUUGGAUACAGAAGAGUGGAGGUCCUUGUACAUGAGGGCACAUGAUUUAGCUUUUGGAUGUUAUUUAUUAGCUGUAAAUAAGAUAUUUAUGUGUGUAAAGGUAGUUUGUAUAUAUUGCUAAAGUUGCUGACAAUCUUUGCCUUAAUACAGUUGUGUGGUAUUAAUCCUGUAUAUAACUUUCAGGUUUUUAUCAACAAACCACUUACACUGCAUUAUUUCCUGUGUGGUUAAUACUUUUUUAAAGAUAAGAAAGCUCUUCAGUUUUGUACAGAAUAGAAACCUAUGGUUUUAAUAAAAUUCUCAAAUGGAUGAGUGGGUGGUUUCCUUUUGCUGAG